UCUUGAGAAUCAUUCAAUUUUGUCACCAAGUAAUCUCAUGAUAAACAAUGAACAUGAAAUUGAAUUUAAUUUGCAGAACCAAAAUUUCAGCUUCAUAACAGAACCUGAAACUGAUCCUAAUUUGAUGCAAAAACUAAGUUUCCGAAGUUCAGAAAAUAAAAUGUAUGAUUUGCCAUUAGAGGUCCACAAGCAUCAAGCAAUUAUCAGUUUGACAAACGAUAAGUCGCAAGAAGAUGUUGAUAACCAGACUUUUAGUUUGGAUAAUGAAAUGAAGAAUGACCUUCAUUCAGACAAUUUAAGCGUUCAUUGUUGUACUUUUAAAUGUUCUCAAUCACAUGCACAUAAAGCCAAAAAAGUAAUUGACGUUACCAAGCAGCAUGAAUCCUUGCAACAAUUAAUAGUUUUAAAGGCUAAAGAUCCUGAAUUUGUAGUUAUGCUCAAUAUUGAAG